CCAUCUCCCACUGAGCAACAUUCAAGUAACAAGCCAUGGUCCUACUCUCAUCACUACUGUUCCUCCUUGGAUUCCUCACCUGGAGUCCCAGUGCAUCAUGGGCUGCUAAAGUGAUCGUGGUCCCGCCCAUCAUGUUUGAAUCUCACCUCUACAUCUUCAAGACGCUGGCUACAGCUCUGCACCAAGAGGGCCAUGAGACCCAUUUUCUCAUUUCAGAGGGUCGUGAGGUGCCCCCCUCCCCUCACUAUCAUUUACAGCGCUACCCGGGGAUCUUUAAUAGCAGCACGGCUGACAGUUUCCUCCAGUCCAAAGUCAGCAACAUUUUCUCAGGCCGCCUGACUUUUCUGGAAUUGUUUGAUAUUCUUGAUCACUACUCUCAGAAUUGUGACGCUGUAGUUGGCAGUGUUGAGGUCAUGACCCGCCUCAAGGAAGCCAAGUUUGACCUGCUGCUGGUGGACCCUAAUGAGAUGUGCGGUUUUGUUCUCGCUCAUAUCCUAGGUGUGCAAUAUGCUGUGUUUAGCACAGGCCUAUGGUAUCCUGCUGAGGUGGGUGCCCCGGCCCCACUUUCAUACGUGCCCGAGUUCAACUCCUUGCUGACAGACCGCAUGUCGUUGAUCCAGAGGAUCACCAAUACGGCUGUUUACCUGGUGCAGCGUUUUGGAGUCCAUUAUAUUGCUCUGCCCAAAUAUGACCGGAUUAUGAAGAAACAUGGAGUGAAGCCUCAAGCGGCCAUGGCUGACCUGGUGCAGGGCAGUCGACUGUGGAUGCUUUGCACUGACAUGGCUCUGGAGUUCCCCAGGCCCACCUUGCCACAUGUGGUGUACAUAGGAGGAAUCCUCACCAAGCCCCCCAGCCCGCUGCCACAGGAUUUUGAGGCAUGGGUGAAUGACACAGCAGAGCAUGGCUUUGUUGUUGUGUCAUUUGGAGCUGGGGUCAAGUACCUCUCCCAUGACAUUGCUUACAAACUGGCAGGUGCCCUUGCCAGGCUGCCCCAGCGUGUCGUCUGGAGGUAA